CGAGACUUGGACCGGAGUAGCCUCAACGACCCUGUAAGGGAUCCUCCUAAGAAAACGAAAAGAAAUGAGUCCUCCCAGGAUUCAAAUCUUCCUCCUCUUCCUUGUCUCGACACAAACCAAGGCACAAUUUUUCAAAGAUAUUUAUGAUUUCGGAAAUAGAUUAUUUCGCGGAGACAACUUACAAGAAAGUUCAAGCAAUGCAAAACGAUUUCAUUGUAAUGAGCCAGGUUUCUUCGCCGACCCGUCAAACUGCCGAGGUUUUUAUCGGUGUGUAGACCUCGGCUCUUCUUUGUCAGCGGUACAUUUUGAUUGUGGUCCUGGUACAGUUUUUGAAGAGACCUUGUCCACGUGUGUGCAUCCUUCAGACUCAACGAGACCCAAUUGCAAAGCUAGUUCGCCUCAGACUGGAAACAACGUUGUACAACCGGAUAAGCCAUGGUCCCAAACACCUCCUGAAAAUCCAUGGCAAGAGGGAGGGCAGCUUCAAAAUUAUCCUGACGGACAGGACGGUUCCUCGUCUAAUGGGCAAAAUGAACCUUGGCCAGCUGGGUCAAAUGUUCCCCAUGGACCAAAUGGAGUUUGGCCGAACGAGCAAGGCGGUCCUAAUGAAUCAGCUAAUUCUGAUAAUCCGAAUUUCCCUAAUGGUUCAAACGGCCCUUAUAGGCCGGAAAAUCCUUCUGUGCCUAAUUCGCCAAACGUUCCCUCCCCGGUCGGCGACAACGAAUAUCCGAGUUCGCCAAAUGAACUUAUGUUAGGCAAUGGAAACUGUGAAAAUGAUGGAUUUUUUGGCGUUCGACAAGCAUGUAAAGAGUUUUACAGAUGCGUACAAGAUGGAAAAGGCGGUUUUGUUAAAUAUGAGUUUAAGUGUAGUUCUGGUACAGUUUGGGAUCCUCAGAGUGAGACUUGUAACUACCCGUGGGCUGUAAGCAGAACUGACUGUAAACAAGAAACUAGCAAUCAAGUUAAUGAACAGCCAGAGAAGCAACCUCCUCCAGGACAACAGCCUCAAUAUCCAAUUAGUCCAGAACAGAACAACCAAUAUCCCGGAUCUCAGUCUCAGUAUCCCAAUGGAUAUCCAAAUCAGCCAUCCCCGGGACAACAACCUCAAUACCCUAGUAGUCCAGAACAGAACAACCAAUAUCCUGGAUCUCAGCCCCAGUAUCCCAAUGGUUAUCCAAAUCAACCAUCCCCGGGACAACAACCUCAAUAUCCUAGCAGACCAGAACAGAUCAAUCAAUAUCCCGGAUCUCAGCCCCAGUAUCCCAAUGGUUAUCCAAGUCAGCCAUCCCCGGGACAACAACCUCAAUAUCCAAGUAGCCCAGAACAGAACAACCAAUAUCCCGGAUCUCAGUCUCAGUAUCCUAACGGACCUCCAUCAGAACAGCAAACCGUCUCGGGAGGACAACCUUCACAGCAACCUGGUGAGCAUCCCUCAAACAGUUUAGAAACAAACCCAUUGGGAUCAGGACAGUGCAACAAUGAUGGGUUUUAUGGAGUACAAGGAAACUGUAAGACUUUUUAUCGUUGCGUGAAAGAAGAUAAAGGAAGUUAUAAAAAAUUUGAAUUUAGCUGUGGCUCAGGAACAGUGUGGGAUCCCAACACAGAAUCUUGCAAUCAUCCAUGGGCCGCAAAUCGAAAAGAUUGCUUAGACACACAAGAAACUGGGCAAAAUACGCAAACAUCUGGAACAUCAAACAAGCCACAAAAUCCAGAAAAUGCUUAUCAACCUAAUCAGCCUAAUCAGCCACAGUAUCCCCAAACAGAUCAACAAAAUAGGCCUAGCCAACAGGAACAUCAACCUAACCAACCUAACCAGCCUAACCAGACACCAGAUGGACAACUUCAGCCACCACCAUAUGAAAGUGGAAGUCCAGAAAAUGAACAAGAUAGUUUAGAUGAAAGUUCUGACGUGAAAUGCGCUUCCGAAGGAUUCCACCCUGUCCCUGGCAAUUGUAAACUGUUUGUUCGAUGUGUGAACAAAGGCGAUGGUACAUUUACAAAGUUCCAGUUUAGAUGUGGAGAAGGAACAGCAUGGGAUACUCUUGCAGAAACGUGUAAUCACGAGUAUUUAGUACAUAGAGAAGACUGUGGAAUGACUACCACUCCUUCAAGUAUACCAGUACAGUCUGAUACCACGGUCCCAUUGAGUGAUACUACUGUUACUCAAACUUGGUCCAAUAGUUCCAGUUCUUCCAGCAGUCAGUCUUCUAGUUCGUCGGCUUCAUGGGCAAGUACAGUAUCGACUGGUCCAACGACAACAACACAAGGAGGAAAUCAAGUUAGUUCACAAUCUUCAAGCAACCAACAGAGUUCUUCUUCAGGUGGAUCAACUCUUACUACAACCAGUGGUCAACAACAGUCAUCUGCUGGGAGUUCCCAAGGCUCCAGCCAAAUGACCACAUCUUCGGGGUCCAACCAACAAACUACAUCAUCAGGUACAAAUCAGAUGACAACUUCAUCUGGCACUUCUCAACAGCAAGGCAGUAAUCAAAUGACCACAUCUUCAGGGACCAACCAACAGACUUCAUCAUCUGGUACAAAUCAGAUGACAACUUCAUCUGGCACUUCUCAACAACAAGGCAGUAAUCAAAUGACUACAUCUUCAGGGACCAACCAGCAGACUACAUCAUCAGGUACUUCUCAGCAACAAGGCAGCAGUCAAAUGUCCACAUCUUCAGGAACCAACCAACAGACAACAUCUGGAACAAAUCAGAUGACAACUUCAGCUGGUGCUUCUCAACAACAAGGCAGUAAUCAAAUGACCACAUCUUCAGGAACCAACCAACAGACGACCUCUGGAUCAAAUCAGAUGACAACUUCAUCUGGUUCUUCUCAACAACAAGGUGGUAAUGAAAUGUCCACCUCCUCAGGGUCUCAACAAACAACCUCUUCUAGCACAUCACCAAUGCCUUCUGGAACAGCAGAUUGUCCAUCAGAAGGGUUUUAUCCAAACCCUAAUGAUUGUAACAAAUUUUUCAGAUGCGUCAAUGUCAAUGGUAAAUUAAGUAGAGUAGACUUUAGCUGCGGACCAGGUACAGUGUGGGAUCCAACAAAUAGAGUUUGUAACCAUCCUUGGGCAGUUCCAGGAUGUGGUAAAACAAGCCAAGAGCCAACAUAUGCAGAAUCCACAUCUUUACCCCCAGGGCAGCAGCAUCAAAGCCAAGUAUCUACACCCAGACCUACUUACCUGCCUCCAGGUGAACAAGGACAACAAACCAGCAAGCCAACAAAUAACCAAUCUCCUACCGGUCAACAGCAGUGUUCCAGUGAAGGAUUUUUCCCAAAACAAGGCGAUUGCUCUAAAUUUGUUCGUUGUGUGAGUACAGGAUCAAGUUUUAAAAUGUACGAAUUCAGCUGUGGUCCAGGAACUGUGUGGGAUCCUGAAAACAAUGUCUGCAAUCAUCCUUGGGCUGUUAAGAACUGUGGUAAUCUGGGUUCCAAUGAAAUGCCACAACAGCAAAACCCCAAUACACCAACUCAAUUUCCUCCUCAAUCACCAUCAACACAAUAUCCACCAAAUCAAUUUCCACCAACUCAAUCUCCUCAGACUCAAUCCCCACAGACCCAAUCUCCUCAGACUCAAUCCCCACAGACUCAGUCCCCACAGACUCAAUCCCCACCAACCCAAUCUCCUCCAACAUCUGAACAAUUACCAACUACAAGUCAAGUGUCACAAAAGCCAACACAGCAUCCCCAAGAGUCAGGUCAACCUGCAAGUCAACAACCAGGAAAACCAGAACAAGUUGGAAAUGCUUCACAACCAUGUGAAAACCAAAAAACUGAAAAAUUCACUUGCACUUCUUCAGGGUUUUUUCCAGAUGAAAAAGACUGUAAAAAGUUUUAUAGAUGUGUUGAUUGGGAUGGUGACAAAGGACAGCGAUUCUCAUUAUACGAAUUUAAAUGUGCAGAAGGGACAAUUUUUGAUCCAUCAUUAAACGUGUGUAACUAUGAGGAUAGUGUUCAACCUCCAAGAGAUUGCAAGACUGAAUCUUGUUCCACUUCUACUAAAAAACCAGAAAGUCAAGGUACAGAAAGCACUACACCACAAUCUGAAUCUACAAAUGAAAUGACCACACCAGCAAGUGAAACUUCUCACACUAAUAGUCAAACCACACAAGGGGAAAUGGAAUCAACAUCCCACACAGUUGCUCCAACAACUCAGCCAGAUGCCCAAACAACCCCAACUCAAAGUCAAACAACUCAAACUGGUAGCCAAACUACUCAAACUGGUAGCCAGACUACUACAACCGACAGCCAGACUACUCAAACUGGAAGUCAGACUACUACAACCGACAGCCAGACUACUACAACUGAUAGCCAAACUAAUCCAACUGAUAGCCAGACUACUCAAACUGGUAGCCAGACUACUAUAACAGAUAAUCAGACUACUCCAACCGACAGCCAGACUACUCCCACUGGUAGCCAGACUACUGAAACUGGUAGCCAGACUACCACAACCGAUAGCCAGACCUCUCAAACUGGUAGCCAGACUACUACAACAGAUAAUCAGACUACUCCAACUGACAGUCAGACUACUCCCACUGGUAGCCAGACUACCACAACCGAUAGCCAGAUCUCUCAAACUGGUAGCCAAACUACUCAAACUGGAAGCCAGACGACUACAACAGAUAGUCAGACUACUCCAACUGACAGUCAGACUACUCCCACUGGUAGCCAGACUACCGAAACUGGUAGCCAGACUACCACAACCGAUAGCCAGACCUCUCAAACUGGUAGCCAAACUACUCAAACUGGAAGCCAGACUACUACAACUGAUAGUCAGACAACUACAGGCCUUACUAAUACUCAACCUGGAUCAACCCAGUCAUCCACUGAAACAAAUCCUGACACUUCCACAGAAGUAAGCAUGACUAGUACUGUGCCAAUGGAAGGCACCCAAGGAACCACGAUGCCAAUGCCAUCCAAGCCUAGUCGAGCGUGCCAAGAAUUAGAAAAUGACCAAUAUAACUUAGUUUGCCCAACUGGAUUCAAACGGCAUCCAAAAAAUUGUAACCAGUUUUACCAGUGUACAAUGACACAGAACAAUGCUCAACUUCUAGUCCUUUCCUGCCCUAAUGGAACGAUUUACGAUGAAACAGAAGUCAAGUGCGUUCAACCAAGUCAAGGUGAAAAAUGUAAUGUAGAAGCAGUGCCAACAAGCAGACAAAGAAGAUACGUCGAUGGGUUGCCUCCUCCGGUCCAGGUUCGCUCAACAAGAACGCUUUGUCCAGCCCAAGGUUCUUACCCGUUUGAUGGUGACUGCCAAAGAUUUUACAAGUGUUCUUACGAUCGCAGAGGAAGAAUGCAAGGCCAACUAUAUGAGUGCCCAGAGGGCUAUCACUACUGGGAUGUUUCCAGAAGAUGUGAAAAAAUUCAUAGAAUUCCAAAAUGUCAUAGAGGAAAUGGUGAUAAAGAGAGCCUGAAUACAGCUCCUAUUGAAGAUAGGGAGAUUGGGCGAUGAUGUACCUGAACUAAAAAAGCUUGACAAUACCUGUAGAUAUUACUAAACCUUUAUUAAUACGAGGUUUAAUUAAAAAUGGGUUUUUUUUACUACAUAAACCUUUCAACACCCUGUAAAUAUAAUAAUGUAUUGUUGAAUAUUUUAUGUAUGUAAUAGUGGUGGUGGAGAAAAGUGAUCUAUGGUUAUUGUCAACGCUUUCUGUGAGAAAACUUUAACUGUUAGUACUGUGCUAGAAAUUAUUUAUUUUUCUCUAAAUUUAAAAAUAAUUAAGAUAAGUGAUCAUAACACUAUGUAUCAAAACGAUAUAAAAUUGUUUAAUUUAAAUAAAAAUCAAAGUUUAUAUAUAAAUGUAUGUGCCUAUAAAGAGAAAUGUCAAUAAAUUAUUGCU